AUGGACGAAACCAGUGGAGAAAAUGUAGAAUUAACUGAAGAUAAGUCUUUACCGCAAUUGCAAAAUGAUUUUCAUGCAGCUUCAAGGAACUGGAGAAGGCAAAUUAACAAUCUGAACUACCAACUAGUAAAUGAUAGAAAUAUAGAAUUACUGGAGAAGGGCUCCCAAGCAUUGAUAAGGCUAAUGCGUGAACUAACUGAAGCGCAAGAAAGACUAGAUAAGACUCUGGAGUCAGAAAUGGAAAGAAUAACUGUAUUCGGAAGAUUCGAGACAAUGAGUCAAGAAACCAAUCAGAUACUUAAAGAAGUGGGUGCGGUUAUAUGCGACCUAAAGAAAAUUGACGAUGAUAGAUGUUCCAUGGCGUCAUCAAAAUAUAGCCGAAAAUCUGGGAAAAGCAAAUCAUCUCGUCAUUCUACUAUGAGCACCGCUUCGUCUACACGACAACGCAGACUUGAUUUGGAAGAAGAAUUAGCAUGCCUUAAGGCUAAAAUGAGCAUGGUUAAGGUAAAGGAGGAUUUGGACAUAGCGAAUAGAAGAGCUCUGGAGCAAAUUGAAGAGAAAAAGAUUGAAAUUGAGCGAGAAGAGAAAAGGGUGAGAGAACAGAUAGAAAUGGCCACCGAGAAAUAUGAGAUCUCAAAGGAGCUAGCUGAGAAGAAGGCCCGGAUCAACGCAUGUAAAAGGUUUGAAGAAGAA